AGUCUCCGGGCGAAGGCGCUGCCGACGGUCCUGCCCCAGCGUGCCAAGGGCGGCCGACGAGAGAGCGCUGCCUGCAGCAACACUGCGUGGAGGGCCCCGUGUGCCAGGCCCGCUGGUAGCCAGCCCCGCUGAUCGAUAGCGAUGGCGAGCGACGGGGACGCGCGGCGCUUCGUCACCGAGAAGGUGGCCGAGGAGGGCGGGUCGCCGGCCUCCAGGCACGGCAGUCCCGGCGGCAAGGUUGCCGUUCCCGACGGCAACUGCUCCAAGGGCGCCGCGGAGAAAGGCGAUGGAUCCGAUGAGCAGCCUUUCGUCACGGACCGAGAAAAGAUGUCGGGAUACGAAACAAAUCUGUACCUGUACUCGGAGGAGCUGGAGGACCGGCCACAGGUGUCCACGCUGCUCAGCUCGCUGGCCAACUACAGCAACACCAUCCCGGCGCCCACCGACCCCGACGCCAAGCCCGUGCAGAGCGCGCGCAUGGGCACCCUCAUCGGCGUCUACCUGCCCUGCAUCCAGAACAUCUUCGGCGUCAUCCUCUUCAUCCGCCUCACGUGGGUGGUCGGCACCGCCGGCGCCUUGUUCGGCUUCCUCAUCGUCUUCACCUGCUGCUGCGUGACGAUGCUGACGGCCAUCUCGAUGAGCGCCAUCGCGACGAACGGCGUGGUGCCCGGGGGCGGGCCCUACUUCAUGAUCUCGCGCUCCCUGGGCCCCGAGUUCGGCGGCGCCGUGGGGCUGCUGUUCUACACGGGGACCACCCUGGCCGCCGCCAUGUACAUCGUGGGCGCCGUGGAGAUCAUGCUGACGUACAUGGCGCCCAGCCUGUCCAUCUUCGGCGACUUCACCAAGGACGCCAACAUCAUGUACAACAACUUCCGCGUGUACGGCACGGGCCUGCUGAUGGUGAUGGGCGUGAUCGUGUUCGUGGGCGUCAAGUUCGUGAACAAGUUCGCGACGGUGGCGCUGGCGUGCGUGUUGCUGUCCAUCCUCGCCGUCUACGUCGGCAUCUUCACCAACUUCAACGGCAACGACAAGCUGCAAAUGUGUGUGCUGGGAACGCGACUGCUCAAAGACAUCAAGAUACACGAGUGCUACAAGAACUCCUCGGGCAAGCUGUUCGAGUUGUACUGCGGCAACUCCUCUGCCACCUGCGAGCCGUACUUCGAGGCCAACAACGUCACCAUCGUGCGGGGCAUCAAGGGGCUGUCGAGCGGCGUGUUCCUGGAAAACAUAUACGACAGUUUCUUUGAAGAGGGCCAGUUCAUAGCCAAGUCAAAAGAUCCUGACGAAAUGGAGCCGAUGGACCGACCCACGUACAACCAAAUCCUCGUCGAUUUGACCACAACCUUCACUAUACUCAUUGGAAUUUUCUUUCCUUCGGUAACAGGUAUCAUGGCCGGCUGCAACAGAUCCGGAGACCUGGCGGACGCGCAGAGGUCCAUACCGAUCGGGACGAUAUGCGCCAUCCUCACUACGUCCAUCGUCUACUUGUCUUCCGUCAUGCUGUUUGCCGGCACCGUCGACAACCUCCUGUUGCGGGACAAGUUCGGGCAGAGCAUCGGCGGGCGACUGGUGGUGGCGAACAUAGCGUGGCCCAACGAGUGGGUGAUCCUGAUCGGCUCCUUCCUGUCGACGAUCGGCGCCGGGCUGCAGAGCCUGACGGGCGCCCCGCGCCUGCUGCAGGCCAUCGCCAAGGACGGCAUCGUGCCGUUCCUCGCGCCGUUCGCGGUGUCGUCGUCGCGCGGCGAGCCGACGCGCGCCCUCGUGCUCACGGUGCUCAUCUGCCAGUGCGGCAUCCUGCUGGGCAACGUGGACUACCUGGCCCCGCUGCUGUCCAUGUUCUUCCUCAUGUGCUACGGCUUCGUGAACCUGGCGUGCGCCGUGCAGACCUUGCUGCGCACCCCCAACUGGCGGCCCCGCUUCAAAUACUACCACUGGUCACUUUCCUUCCUGGGUCUGGCGCUGUGCAUCUCGGUGAUGUUCAUGACUAGUUGGUACUACGCCUUGCUAGCCAUGGGUUUGGCUGGCUUGAUCUACAAAUAUAUUGAAUACAGAGGGGCGGAGAAGGAGUGGGGGGACGGCAUACGGGGCCUGGCGCUGUCCGCGGCCAGGUUCAGCCUCCUGCGGCUGGAGGAGGGCCCCCCGCACACCAAGAACUGGCGGCCGCAGAUCCUCAUCCUGGCCAAGCUCACGCCUGACCUGCUGCCCAAGCACCGCAAGCUCUUCGCCUUCGCCUCGCAGCUCAAGGCCGGUAAGGGCCUGACGGUGUGCGUGUCGGUGCUGCAAGGAGACUACACCCGCAGCAGCGGGGAGGCGCUGGCGGCCAAGCAGAGCCUGAGGCGCACCAUGGAGGAGGAGAAGGUCAAGGGCUUCGUGGACGUGCUGGUGGCUCGGGACAUCGCGGACGGCCUCAGUCACCUGAUCCAGACCACGGGGCUGGGCGGCAUGAAGCCCAACACGGUGAUCCUAGGCUGGCCCUACGGCUGGCGGCAGUCCGAGAACGAGAGGACUUGGCACGUGUUCCUCGACACGGUGCGCAGCGUGGCCUCCGCGCGCAUGGCGCUGCUCGUGCCCAAGGGCAUCACCUUCUUCCCCGACAGCACGGAGAAGGUGGUUGGCAACAUUGACAUGUGGUGGAUCGUUCACGACGGCGGCCUGCUAAUGUUGCUGCCGUUCCUGCUCAAACAACACCGCACGUGGAAGAACUGCAAGAUGCGCAUCUUCACUGUGGCACAGCUGGAGGACAACUCCAUUCAGAUGAAGAAGGAUUUGAAGAUGUUCCUGUAUCACCUGAGAAUACAAGCGGAAGUGGAAGUGGUGGAGAUGGUGGACAGCGACAUCUCGGCGUACACGUACGAGCGCACCCUCGUGAUGGAGCAGAGGAACCAGAUGCUGCGAGAGCUGCGGCUCAACAAGAAGGAGAGUCUAGGAGUGGUCCAAACACUUGUAGAUUUCAACGAAGUUCCACCGGAGGAGAAACUGCCUUUGGUACAAGCAAUAGUCGACCAUCACCACACGGACGUGAAGACGGCGACCAAGGUGCGCUUCCAGGAACCUGGCAAGGACAAAGAAGCAGAAGCAGACGGUGACAAAGCAACCGAAGAGAACGGGAACAAAGAGGGUCAAGUUGAAGCUGAAACUAAAGAAGACAAUACGAACAAUGACAAAGUCACAAUUCCCACCGAAAACCAGCAAGGUGACAACAAGCUAGAAGAGAACAACAAAGAAGCUGCAAGCAAUGAUACCUCCGAAAAGAACAAGAUGUCCAUCACUCCUGAUGAAGGCAACGUUAGAAGAAUGCACACAGCCGUGAAGCUGAACGAAGUCAUCGUCAACAAAUCCCACGACGCUCAGCUUGUGAUCCUGAACUUACCAGGUCCACCUCGGGACAAGAAAAUGGAAAGAGAAUCUAACUACAUGGAGUUCCUGGAAGUGUUGACGGAAGGACUGGAGAGAGUGCUGAUGGUGAGGGGCGGAGGCCGAGAAGUGAUCACCAUCUACUCGUGAAGCUCACAUUGUGAAGUGUGUGUGUGUGUUGCGUGGUGCUAUUACAUCACCAUCCUAACAAAUAAGUAUUCUGUUAUGAACUUGCUGAUCAAAUAGUGUUCAUAUCAAAUAAGGAAAUUCAGCAGUCACCACAAACAUAACGUUUUCACCCAACAUUAAUUUUAGCGUAAUUUUUUUAAAUAUUUUACUAGUGUGAUAUUUUACCCCUUAUAGGUUACUUACUUUUUAUCUUUUGCAAGCCUUGGAGCAUUAUGUUAACAAAAUUUGAAAAUAGUUUUAUUUUUUAUACUAAAAUCUUACUUUUUUGCAUUUUUAUUUUAACAUUACUGUACUUGAACUUUAAAGUGAAAAACUGAGGCCUAGUUAGAUCUCACAGUCAGAUUUAUACACUUAUCACUGUACAAUUUUAAAAUUUUUUUUAGGGAUAUGUUUUAUAAUUAUUUUACAAGUACUUAACAAGUUUGCUUUUGAAUAUAUUUUACCCACUAUAAUAUUUUUUUAACAAGAAUGAUCCAUUUUUUUAUUGUUUUGUACAAUAAUAAGGAAUAAGCAAAACCAAGGAAAACUUAAAAAUAAAUAUGGUCAUGCAUGGCUGUGUGAAAAAAAGCUGAGUUCAGACCUUAAAAUAAAUUAAGGUUUAUGUGAUCAGUGUCUGAACAGAAAGUUGAAUUAUUGUCACUGAUAACGUGACACUCAAUACUUAUUACUCUCAACUAUCUUUAAGUCAUUCCAUAAAAUCACCCAAGUCACAUUCAUCAAAUCAUAUAAUAAUACAUCAGAUCUUCUGGUUCAUCGUUACAAAUCCACCACAUACACCUCAUGUUUUCUAUAUUAUGUAAAAUUAUUGUACUAUUAUAAAUAUAUAGAUUGUUUUUAAACAAGGUAAUUUAUGUCUAUGUUGAUGUGGACUUUAGAUAUAGAAACUAAGAUACCAUUCCACAAAAAAUGUGCAACUUACCAGAGAAAAUGAUCACAUUUUGGAUUAUGGUAGCUUUGUUAAAAUAACAUAGUUGUUAGUAUUAUUAAGAUAUUUGUUUUGCUGCUGGUUGGUGAAACUCUUUCAUUACAAUUUUAGAAGUUUAUAAAUAUGUGCAUGCACAUAAAUUAAACUAAAUACUUCACAAAUAAUUAUUUAUGAAACAGCCAUAUAUUUUAAUAAUGUUUACUCCUAAAAACCGAAAUAAUGAAACAUACCUUUUUGAAAUUAAGUUUUUGCAUUAAAAUUACAUGUUGUCAAACAAAAACUUUAAAAAAAUUUUUUCAAAGCUACUUCCGUGCUUUGAAAUGUAAAUAGAUUUGUUUCCCAUCAUUGUAUAUCUAUUACGUUUGCCACUAUAUUUAGUGAGCAUAGAUGCAGCUUAAUGUCUGUAAUUGUAUUCACUAAUUAGAAUCAAAAGGGGGACCAUCCUAGAACAUGCAUUUAAUUGGUAACCCUUCGUUCAAACUUUAAAAGUAAUUGGAACACUUCAAGCAAAUGAAUCAUGUUUGAUGAAGUAUUUAAGGCAGAGCAAAGAUAAGUUAAUUACUUCAACAUGCAGUGUAAUAGAUCUCACUUUUCACACAGCAUACUUGGGAGUCAUAAAUAUUCCAUUCGGCAGUUUUCAUAAUCUCUGUUUGGUGUUGUCCUAAAAUAUCUUAUUCUGAAAUUCGCAUUGGGAUUCAUAAAUGUAUAGCUAGGUUGUUACCCAACAGUAUACUAUUGUUUAUGUAAAUAUUCAUGUGACCAUUUUAUUAGAAUAUUCGUAGGCAUUGGCCAUACAGUAUAACACUGGGUCACAGAUGUAUGUACUGUAGUUAUGUGUGUCCAUAUUUGUCUCUUACUUUGCAUUUAGUAUGAGAAUUAAUACUUGCAAGAUUAAUGUAAAUGUGCACUAGUUUUACAAACAUAACAGAUCAGUUUCAUACUUCAAAGGUUUGGUUACUUUGUGGCUUCAUUUCAUUAACAAGCACACCACACUUUCCGAGUUAUGAUAAUGAUCAAAUCCAACAUUUUUAGUGAUGUGAUGAGUCUCUGCUGUCAGUUCUUUAUAGUGAUGUUUGCAAGGCACACUUCCUGUUUGUAAGCACGAAAAUUUUUAAGUCAGUUCCUAGUGUGGUUAGAGCACAUAAUUUCAGCAAUACAAAGUACCUAACGAUUCGCUAGUCACAACUUUCCCUGAACAUAAAUUCUGUUCGAACUUCAGGCUUAAGAAAGUUCCAUUCUUUUCACACAUGUUACAUGGGUAUUUUCUUUUAAAUUAGUUUUUUUUUAACCAAAGAAUAAUUGUACUUUUUGUGUGAUUUGGUACUGCAUACUUUUCGUCCGGAAUGGCAUGUAAAUAUUUUAGAACACGUAAAGAUACAAAUAAAAAAAAUCAAAUUUGAUGAUGACUCUCAACAACAAAUUCUGUAAUGGAGUUCACCAAAAUGCAAUGUUUACUUUUAAAAUAACAUUACAUCCAUGGAUUAAUGUGAAAAUAACAUACUGUGAUUAGCUGCUCACUUUGUAAACUGUGGUAAAUCCUAAGGCUAUAACUUGCACAUGUUAACAAAGAGCAAGUUGCACCUGUUCUGUGAAUGUGACUGCGUAUUAGGUAUUAGUUACAAGACUAUUGGUGAAACCUAGCAGCAUGUGCAGUCUUAUGCUGUCAAACUGAUAGUAUGUGAGACAGCAACAUUGCUUCUUGAUAACAUUAUUCAGGCAGUUCUGGCCAUAUUAUGUAAUUACGUACCUACUCUGUUAAUUAUGUGCUAUUUAAAUCAUUGUUCAUGUCAUAGAAAUGUAAUGAACUAAAUAUUAGAACUGUAAAUAAGGUAAAUUAACUGCUCUACCGUAGGAAAACUGUUAUUGAAUAGCUCUCUUUGUUUACUCUAUUAAAAUUUUUAACACAUGUUGAAAAUAUUAAACAAUUUAAAUAUAUUCUAUAUUUGUGUCAACAUUUAGUAAAUAAGGUGCUAUUUCAGCACAAAAAUACGGCAGCAUGUUCGUGUGUACUGAGUUCUUUCACCAGCAGCAAUAACUACUCAAUUCUUUAAGGUUUCACUAUUUUUUUCUCUGCUGAAACUCUUACCUAGCCUUUAAAAGAAAAUACAGCAAAGGUUCAGAUUGCUAGGGUCACUUCACAUAUUACCAGGGGCGGCUCCACGGUCGAGCAAGCCGGGUGACCACUCCGGGCCCAGCGCCAGCCAUUUUCUUUUUAUGAUCCUCGUCUGUCUAUGGAAAAAGGACAUUAAUUGGAAAACGAAUAUUUUAAUUUUACCAGCGUCUAAUUUAAAGGGCUGACCGAUAUAUUUCCGAUUUCAAUUGUGUUUUCAUGAUUCCAUGUAAUAAAAACCUUCAAAGAUUUUAAUGCCUCAUAUAAUGAUGCAAUUUCACUGGAAUUUGAUAAAUUUAAUAAAACUAACCUGAGUAUAAUUUUUCUAGAAUAGAACAUCAAAAUUUCUUAAGAUAAAUUAGAAAAAUAAUGGUCAAAUUUUGUGUUCCAGGUUGGCUUAGAAACGUUUUCGAGAGUUUAGUUUGAAAAAUGUCCGGCUUUUUCAUUAGCCCCCCCUCCUCCCCCGGUAAGUGUGGCUCAGGGCACCGAGGUCUAGGGCAGGCACUGCAUAUUACUGUGGCAGUACUGCCUGCCCCAAGUUUUAUAAAGUAUUUCCAGUAGUGAUUUUUUCUUGAAUUUUUUUUUUAGACCUGAAGUCAUGGUUCAUUGCUUUGAUUGUGCUCAAAAGAGUUUUCCUGUUGCCCGGUUACAGUGGUCGUGUUCUGGCCAGUGCGUACCGGUGAAAGAGCUCAGUUGUCCGGGGCCGUAGCCAAGAUCUUGUGAAGGAUGGGGGUCCGGUUUAACCAUUACAUUAUUAUUUUUUUAUAAGUAAGUUAUCUUUAUAAUUGAAUUUAAAAAAAAAUUAUUGUCACUAAAAUCAAAGGAAAUAGUAUAUAUUUUUAGAACUCAAAUGCUUACACGAGUACAAUGAUUUUGGUUGAAAAAACUGAACAUUUUAUAUUUUGGUUAUAAUUUAACUGUUACAAUACUUUGUUCUUAAGUCAAGUAUAUGAAGAAUUUGUCAAAACAAGUCAUAAAUACAUAUUAUUAAAUACAUGAACACUCAUGAAAUGUUUAUAAAAAAACAAGUGUGCAAACAUGAAUUAAAUAUCGAUAACUUGGAAACACAAUUUCUGCUGCGUUUGUGUGUGUGAGACACAUUGGGCUAUAAUGGGGAGGACAUACAUUAUCGUAGCCCACCAAGAUUGAACAACAUCCUCUUCAAAUAAUAUCGCUGUAAGCUUAUGUAACUACAGGUUGUUAUAAUAGUGUUGCUAUAAUUUGUAAUCCUGGAAGGGAGGGGUCCCAACCCCACGGACCUACCCCCUGGCUACGCCCCCGAGUUGUCCACGGAUGAACUCUACAACCACUUCACACACAAUGGAGUGCAGGAUAUGGCUGUUAACUAUGUGCUCUCUUCGACAAGUGAUAUUCCCAUCUGUGUACAUUGUAGAUAGGGUAGAGAUAGACUUUUGCUGCUGAGGUGGUAAGAUAUCGAAGGAGUCUAUAUUUUAUGACAUGUUUAGAGAAGUGCUGGUCACAUCACGCGAUAGAAGUUGCUGCAGGCUAGCAUGUGCAGUGCAUGUGUGCAUUUGUGUGAAUGCUGUCUGGCAUACUGCUGCAUCCUUUAAUUGCAACAUUCAAUCAGACUGGUUUAAGUUACAGUGGUUUAAACAUUUUUAGAACUACGUAAUUACUAUUUUACGAAUAGAGGUAGUACCUGACUCCUAAUUAUCAGUGUUGUCAAUAGGGACUGUAAUUAAUACAAACAAAAAGUAAUUGAUUUAUACGUACCCUCAAACAUAUUCAUAAGCAAGUCCCAAUAAGUAAAUUAUCAGUAGAAUGUUGAUAAUAACAGCAUCAGAAAAUAGCAGAUUCAUCAUCUUUAAAGUCCAAAAUGUACUCGAGGCUGACAUGUGAUGUAUAUUUUAAAUCAUCUUGCAAGCUGGUCUCCAUGUGGAUAACAAAAUAAAGAGUAGGUGAUGGGAAAAAAACAAUCAAGUGUUUGCUGUACACAUUAACACACUACCACUAAUUGUUUUCAAAAUUAUUUCUAACACCAAUUUUAAUAAGUGCCAAAAAAAAUACAAAUAUUUACCAUAUGUAAAUAAAAAUAAAUUGGUAGAUACAUAAACUUUUCAUGUAGUAAAAAGAUUUUUUUUUACUGUGGUUAAAUAUAGGUGAUUCCUUUUGUUUUCAGAAUUCUCAUUUAGGUGUAAACCAUAUUAAAUAUGUCAAUUUUCAACUAAGAAAGGAAUAUAAUAUAUGUAAACAUAAAAUUGAAAGGUUGCACAUUUAAUCUUUAACUAAACAAAGGAUCAGAUUUUUAUUUGGGUGGGUAUGAGGUACAUAUGUAUUUUAGUACUUGCUGAGGAUUUAACUGGCCAUAUAAAGAUGUUUUAAGAAUUUAAUUACUCAUUAAAACAACCAUAGAACAUCACUUUUCUCAAAUUUAUUUACUUAUUUUUAAUAAAAUUAAUUAUAAUACUUAGCAAAAUUUAAAGAAACCUUAUAUGAUAAAAACAAAACUGAGUUUUAAACUGGAAGUUAGAUUCACAAUAAAAUAUGUUGCAAUGGAUACUAAUAUGAUGAACAUGAUUUCUUUGAUAGAAAACAUGUUAUUCCUAUUAAAAAAGUAAUGUGUUUCAAGCAAACCAUUCUAUAAAGACAUGUACCUAAUCAGAUUUCACAAACAUUUUUCAAGAAGAAACUUAAAGUCUUGGGAAGAGCAACAGUGUAGUGUCAUACAAAAUGUCAUUUGGAUUAAUAUGUAGAGACUUUUAGGUAUCAAUCCCAUUAUCACAGUCAUCUUACAAUGUUAAAACUUUAAACCAAAGCCACGGCACCACCAACAAGUUUGGAAUAUUUAUUGUAUUUUCUGGUGUAUGAGAAUUAAAAUAUAUAUAUACAUAUAUAUAUAUAUCAGAAACAGGAGACAACUGAAGCUUUUGAAAUGUGACGGGUAGACAGGGUUGUCAACAAAGAUUUACUUGAGCGUAUAAGGGAAGCCAGAAGUUUGAAACAAUGUCAUGAUGCAGCUCAUAAAAUACAAUAUGUAAGAUGUGUUAUGUAUGUGGAGAUGGUGUUGAUAUACAUAGGUGGUCCACGCUUAAUUGAACCUUCUCAGAAGCCCUGUUAGAGAUCUUUUAACAUUCUUACAUGCCUCAUGCCUGAAUAGCAUUACAGUGAGCCUAGUGACCCAUACACAUGCGUUAAGCAAGGUGAUGGAUACAUAAGAACUUUUGUCAUUGUGAAUCUUAUUCUCGGUUACAUAAACUCAAAUAAACCUAUUUCAGUAGCCACAAAUAUUUCCAAAGCAUAACGUGUCGUAGGAAGUUACGUCAACGACUAUUUUUCUAGAUGUACUGCAUGGCUAACUGGGUGUAUUCCAGAGCGUGAUCAUGUUCAUUUGUUCAUGGUGUACUAACAGUGCUUUAUUAUUUUCAAUGUUUGGUUUUGAAAGUUUUGAGCUAAGACUGAAUAAACUAGGAGAGCACGGAGAGUUGUGUCAGCACUGCCAACUGUUCCAUCAGCUUUCACAAAGUGCACAACACACAUUGAGCUAACAUGGCUGAUAAAUCAACUGCACUAUUUCGGUCCAUGAACUGCAGACUGGAGACUGCAAAUGCUAAGCUGUUUAAAUAGUUAAUACUAAACUCUGCAUCCUCAAAUGCAUUCAGAUCUCGACUAUCAGAGCUGUGCCAACAAUGUGAUACAUUAUGCUUAUGAAUAGUUUAACACACACAUAAGAAGGUAAAAUUUACACUCACUCACUAAACUUUUUAAAAAAAUUUUGUAUUAAAUUCCAUAAGCAGACAUGUUAGCGCAUAUCACUACAAGUUUGAUGGUACUUGUUUAUGAUUAUUUUUCAUGAAAAUAGCAAUUUAAUAGUGUCAUUUCAAUGGGAAUACAUCUGUCAGCCGAAUUAAUUGUAAAUCAAUAACAAAAAUCUCUCUGUAAGACACCAAUGAAAAUUCCCAUAACACAAGUUACUUAAGUUAGGCAGUGCUUGGUGUUUGAACCUUUAUUUUUCAACAGGAGCACUGAUAUUUUAGGUUUGUUUACAUGUCACAUUAUUUUGUUUAGAAAUCUAUUGAAAUAAAUAAUGUUGUCAGUAAUAAAACAUUUCAUUUUCGAAAGAUAUAAAAGAUAUAAAAAGAUAUAAAUUAUCCUCUCUAAAUUUACUGAUCAGCAAAACUAACUUAAUAAUAUAAAUUUUGAGUUACCAUAACACAAUAGUUAGAUCAGUAUAAUUAACCUUAUAACAAAACAUUAACCUGGCACAUACAAACAUAUACUGUGUUUUCUCGCAUAAUUGUCGCACAUUUUAUUCUAAAAUCAAGUUUGAAAAUUAGGGGUACGACGAUUAUGCGGAAAAAAAAAUUUGUUAGGUAAAGUUAUUCAUAAAAACAAAACCCGUUCAUGGAAAGUACGUUUAUUUAAAAAAAGGUGGAGUAUACAAGAGCACGCUAAACAAUUUAUAUUAAUAAUUCACUAAACAAAAACCUUUCUUCAACUUUAAAUAGAAAAACCAAAACUCUAACAUGAAUGCAAGCCACUUGAAUCUGACGUGAACUAACGUGUCGUAGUACACACUUGCCACGAAAGAAUGCGGGCUAUCAAAUGUAGUUAACUCGGCACCUGACAGAGAGUGCGCGUUGCAUCCAAUCGGCGAGAUAUCAAUAUUCGGCUACGUGCGCACGCUCUAUAUGGGCAGCAACAUAACCAAACAUGAAUGAUGCGCUGGCUACAUUUUUAUAAGCGGUACUCCGCGGCAACGUGGACAAUCAGAUAAAGUAAAUAACGUUUAAAAACUUCUUUAAAAGAAAAUUUAACGUCCGGCAACUUCGUAUUUUCGUUAAUUAAAUAUUUAAGUGGUAAUGACCGAAUUAAAUUUUAGUUAUCUACUUUAAAAUACAUUGUUUUAUACAGAAAAAUACCUACAUCGGUACACCGCGGCGACGCUGACGAUCUCAUAAAGGAAAUAACGUUUAAAAACGUCUUUAAAAUAAAAUUUACACGUCAGACAACUACGUAUUUUUUCGUUAAUUAAAUAAGUAAGUGGUAAUGACCGAAUAAAUAUUAGAUUUCUACUUUAAAAUACAUUGUUUUAUACGGAAAAGAUACCUACACAAAGCGCUUGGCAUCUACUAGCGGGACCAAAAACAUAAUGCGAGUUUACGCGAGAAGUUUUUUUAUCCCAAUUUUGACGGCCUAAAAUAUGGGUGCGACCAUUAUGCGAUAAAAGAGGGUACCUACUAUUACUAUUUGAACAAACUCUUGGCAAACAAAUAUUUUUCCUAGUGCAUAUACAGUCAGACAAAGCUUGGCACUUAUUAAUUUUUUAUGGUAGUCAGUUACAUAUCAGUUUAUGUGGCUUUAUUUACUUCAGAAGGCACCUAGAUUAAAGAUUUAACAUUUAAAUAAAAAAUCAUCUGCUUUUGCAACAGUAAAAAUGAAUCUCUUCAGUAUGUGUAAAAUUUAUUAUGUCAAAAGCAUACAUGCCCUUUGAUAGUAAUGACGUCAUUAAAAAAAUAUUAUAACCCGUAAAUUUUUUCAUAAGAAUUCACUAAAAAUUGUGCAUGCUGGUCACUAGAGCUUAAAUAGCAAUUGGCUUAACUUUUUUUUUUCUGGCCUGAAUUAUUAACGUAACGAGGGCAUGAGGGAAUAGUGGAAACUAUCAGGAAAGUCAUAGGCUCAUGAGAAGAAACAUUCGAAAGCACAAGUGAGCUUCCACAUGCUGUAUAUCAUUGGCCAGCAUUGUAUAUGCUGUUUCAUUGUUUUUGUCACAGCAAGAAAUCUUAGAAAUUUUUGUUUUACUUUCCUGAAAUUUACUUGUGUUACCCUUUACUUACUUUACCUGGUAUGCUGUACGUGCAGCAACCUUUCAGAGGUUUUCAAAAUAUGUUCAGUAACUAACUACUUACAAUUAGUUGGUGUUAAUUUUUUCCUAUGCACUGCCUAUUUUGUGAAGGAAAGAAAGCAAUGGCACCAUCACAAAUACAAACAAAAGAUUCUAUAGAGAUGAAUCACGACCAAAAAACGUUCAAAAUUGUAUAUGAAGCAUUAAAAAUUUGUUUCAACAGUCUGAAAACUUAUACAACCAUUAUUUUGGAAAAAUAAACUUUAUCUUGAUACUGUUUAAACAAACUGUUAAUAAGCAUGGUUAUUAUUUAUGUUUGCAUGUUUCUAUCAUUAUUUUUUUUUUUAAUUUGCACUUUUUCUUUAAAGUAUUUUUAAAAGUUUCACAAGUUUUGUGUGUAAAACUAAAAGCAAAAUUGUAAAUACUGUUCUUUAAAUACAUAAUGGAAUAUGAAAAACCCCAUUAGAUUUGGAGACUUAUGAUAAAUUCUUUUAACUUUUCCUAUCUUAGUUCUCCUACUGGUUCGACGUAGGGAGUGGUGCGGAAGUGCAGUACAUUAUAAGUACAGUAUGAUGUGUUAUUAUUACAACUGUUUUAAUAGUGUGACAAAAGAUAGUCUAAUUAAUUAACAGAAAUAAUCAUGAACGAAAUAAUAUUUCUUAAGCAAAUGCCUUAGAAGGAGACUCCAGACCCGGGCACCGCCCAGGCCCCGUGACUACUGACGCAUGCAUAAUGUAAGAUGUUUGUUAUUCAACUGUCUAGCCCUAUUCAUUUUAUAACCUCAACACAAUUUAUUCAACUUUUAAUAAUAAUAAUAAUAUCAAAAUUUCUUUAAAUAAAUUAGCAAAACCAUUGUCAAAAUUUAAGUUACAGCUCUGGUUGGAAACGUUGUUUUAAAGAGUUUAUUUUUCUCUGGGGGCUAUUGCAUGCACCACUCAGCUGCCCAGCACGACCUUGCAAAGUCUAAGACUGUCACUGGUUGUUGCAGGUUUGUAGAGUAAUGACAUCUGUCUCGUAGUCACCUGCAUAACACCAGCUCCGGGUGUGCCAAAAAUACCUUUACAUCACUGCAGUAGUACAGACAUGAAUGCAACAUGAUUGCAUGAUUACAAUCAGGCUACUCUGAGAAAUUACGGAGAAAAAAAUUGUAAUUUUAUAUUAAUGCAGCCAGCAUGCAUAAACAGAGAAAAAGGCAAUUUUACACAAAAAAAAGGGGGGGUCAGUUAAUGUUUGCUAUGGAUGAUGCUUUGUAGCAAAUAUUUGUAGUCUGUGUGUUACCUUAGCUGUGAUACUGGUCACUGAAGCCUGACUUAAAUUCACCCAACGCCAACCCCAUCUAACACAGCACUUCUAUCAUUCACUGCUAUGGUUUCAUUGCCGUUCCUUUCAUGGCCAAGAAAAUACUUACAUUAAACGUUGUGGUUUCUCGCAAAAGUUGGCCGGUAUAGACAUUUUGUUCCUUGUAAAUGCAGCAAACACAUGUAAUACUUAUAUAUUAUGUAACCAGAAUAAUAUGUGCUGUAAUGGUUCAGAACUUUUUUUUUACUUUAUUAUAUUUGUUGAAUUUGAUUGUAAGAAAAUGUUCUCCAAAAGUGUGAUAUAAAGUACAUGAAUGUAAAAUCUGCCAAAUCUUGUGUACAAAUACUACUGAAUGUGUUGUACUGAAAGACAGUGGUGUAGAAAACGAAACCACUUUUCCAGAGCAUGUAAAUAUUUAUGUAUGCAAGUUCCACAACUCUUAACAUAGAGUAGUGCUGUGUGGAAGUCAAUUAUGGUAUGUUGCAACUGAACAUAAAAUACUUCUUCAAUUAACCUAACAUGUUAUUUAAUUACUAUGAUUAGAUAUUUUGUUUUCCUUAAAAGAUGCACACAGAUAAAAAUAACCGCCUAGGCAAUAAGAAAUCUAAACCCAAACAAAGACUAAUUCAGAUUUUUAUUGUUACCUGUCAUGUCGAUCAAAAACUAAUGUAUAAAAAUAUUUUUUACAUUAUCAUUAUUUACUAUUUCUAAAAUAUUUUACUGUAAAGCUAUAAUAAACAAAAUUUAAAAAGCUCACUUUCUUAACGCAUACCAGUAACAUAUAAUUUUUUUAUUUAAACAAAUAAGUACUUCCUUCUGCAUAAAACUCAUAGCAGCACACACAUUUAGAUUUAACUUUGAUGUUUGAUCCUCGUGUAGAACAAAGUCAUUAACAAAAUAUGCAAUUUUAAAUUAUUUGAAGAUAGUUAAAGUAGGUACUCACAAACAUGACCUUUUGAUUUUAAUGUUAUCAUGUUCCUUGUUUAACACCUUAAAUUUUUAUUUUUAUAUUUGCAUGCAUGUUAUUUAAUUUUUAAACAGGCCAUUGGUUGUGUUUUUAAGCUCACUCUUAUGCCAGACAGUUAUUUGGGCGGUGGUUCACAUACUUAACUAAAAUAAAAUUUAAAUGCCACAUAUAGCCAUGCAUUUACCAGUCUUGACCCCACAAACCAUGGAGGUCAGCUCUUGUCACAGAGUGUGAAAAGCCAAUACAGUCCUUUUAUUAAAGAAGGCUUUAAACUUUAAAGUGUUUGGCUAACAACAAUUUCCUCUAAGUCACAGUCAUAAUUACCCUGCCACCUUCAACUUAAAUCACCACCACCAACCUUUCAAUCAUCAUUCUGAAAUCUACCGAUUAAAUCAUUCCAUAUUGUGACUGUAACAUUUCCAUGUAGUGCAGUUCAAUAUGUGAACAUUAUUAUAUAACAUUGUUAUGAUGACACAAGUAAAACAAUUAUAUAAUUUAAACGAUGGUAAACAUUAGGCAGGAAAUAAUUGAUUCUACAGGAAGUAUAAUUUGCAUGACCUGAAGAACCUUUUUGUUAAGGAUAAAGGGAAAGGGUCAUUGGUUAGGAAUGAAGUGGACAUCAAAUACACUGGUAAAAAGUAAAAUUUAACAAAUAUAUAUGGUACAUCAUGUGAUGUGCAUAGGAUAAACAGUGAAAAAACUAUGACUGGCUACAGGUUCAUUCAAGUCUGCACACACUGCAACAUCAAGUACAUACCUACAAACUCAAACUUCAAAAAAUAGUAACAUAAUUUUCACACACAAAAAAAUAAAAUACAUACCUACUUCAUAAAUGAAAACCAAAGAUUUUACAAAAUUAUAUUAGCCUAAAUGAUUGAAUUUCUUAAAACUAAAAAUAAAACAGUAUUGGUGCAGGCUAGCUAUGGAAGUCUUAGUAACCCCUAACAAUUACAAUAUGCAAAAUUUAUUCUGAAUUUAAAAAAACCGCUAGACCAAAUAAUUGCAAUAAUAUGCAUGGAUUGACUUAAAAGGUCCCUUUGAUUUUCAAGUUGCAACAUACAGACUGCCUUAUGAAUUUUAGGUUUGUGAGUUAUUACCAAUCAUUUGUGUGAUGUGUUGGAUACAUCUGUCUGUUUUAUCUUAUUAACUUCCUGUGCUUGGUAAUCCUUUGUAUGGCCUAGACAUCUCUAGUAAUGCAUUUUGAACAAAACUAAAAUAAAAAGUAUUAGGCUGUGAGAUGAUUUAAGAAAACUAAACCAGUAAAUAGGUUUUUCGUAACUGCAUAGGUACUUUACUAUUAGAGCACACACAGAAUGUUUCUGUUGUUUUCAGAAUUCACUUGUAUGUUAAGUUUGUAAUGUAUUGUUUGAAAGGUGUUAAAAGUUGUAUUGUCAGAACACUUGAGAUGAAAUAACUGUGUAGUUUUAUGUUUGUAUUUAAAAAUCUUUUAAAAUAUUGCUAACUUUUGAUUCAUGUUAAAUUUAUCCUCUUACUACGGUAAAGUAAUGGGAAUGUAAUAAACAACCUUAAAAAACUUUCUAAAAAAAA